UACAAGAGAAGAAGAACGUAGGGUCCCUCUGAAGGAGGAACGACCUACGAAGGGCACUUCACAAAAAGCCUAAACAAAGAACGGAGAAUAGGCGAAAAUGGAAUUCCAGGAUCACGCUUACACCAGCACCACUUAUGAUAAAGACAGCCCCAUGGAGUUCACAUAUAAAAUGAGUUCAAAAGAAGUUGAAGACUUUGUGAGACUGAGGGUUUCAAAUAAUUACCUCUUCUCUGGAAGAAGAAAUACUUCCAUGUGGGCAUGGAGGUCCAUCCUCAAACAUAUGGGAUUGCAACACAAGAUGACCCAUAGUCAAGCAUCCAAAAAAUGGGAAAACAUGAAGAAGCGGUACAAGGAGCUAAAAAACCCUCCAGAUGGGGUGAAAGUGUUCCCUGAAACGUGGACUCAUUUCACCCUGAUGGACGAUGCUAUAGAGGGUCGGCUGGAAGGCAGUGCCCCCAUCCUCAAGGCUUUACCCAGCGACAAAGACAAUUGUGAUUUCUUAUCCAUCUCCAAACCCAAGAAAAGGAAGGUAUCCAUGGUGAUAUCCUCCCCUACAGCUUCGGUAGCAGGUGGGCCAGAGAUCGAGGUUUCAUUAAAUGGAGACGAGGAUAGGGAGGAGGAGAUGGGUGAGGGAUGCCAGGACAUAGAUCGCAUCAUGCUGGAGGUGGACAACGAGAGGAAUGUGAUGGAGAGAGAAAGACAGGUGAUGGAAAAGGAGAAACAGAUGAUGGAAAGGGAGCGGCAGGUACUGCAGAGGGAGAGGGCAGCACUGGAUCGGGAGGUCGCCGCCCUGGACCGAGACCGAGCCUCGCUGGAGAGAGAGAGGGCGAUGAUAGAGCGAGAGAAGGCGGUGAUGGAGAGGGAGAAGGCGAUGGUGGAGAAGGACAGAGAUGCUGUGUGCAGGGACCGACUGGCUCUGGAGCGAGAGAAGGCCAGACUGGAGAGACUAUAUGCAUCAAAAGAAAGGACUGAGGACGUUACAGAAGACAGCAGCAACAUGAAAGACACCGAUGUCAUGGACAGGAAGGAACGGUUCCUUCAUUUGUUUGAAAAACUUAUAGAAAACUUAUAGAAUCUUUGGAACUGCACUUCCUUAUGAUGUACCAUUGGUAUAUAUUUAAUUUAAAAACAAUUAUUUUUGUUAAGCAAUAAAAUCCUCUCUUACAUGGAUUUUUUCUGCACAAAACUGCCUCUGAAGAAAAACAUUUUUGUGUUCACCUCAGCUGCAUCUGCACACAGUUUACUGCAGUUCAAAAUCCACAAUAUACUUACACCUAUAAGUUGUCAAUGAAAACGUUGAGCCACUUCUGGUUCGGAGAGGUCGUCAAAACAACUUUAUUCACUUGUGGUUAUUCCAUACAGAGCACACAAUAGCAAGCUAUUAGCAUUAUUCUUAACCCCAUCCACAAUCAAAAUCAACAACCCCCCUCCCAAAUCAAACAAUAGUCUUUAGUUGAUCGACUCUAGACAUUAGAGUCUUCGGUAUAGGCUAUUGUGCACGGUUAAAACAUCACUUUUUGAAAUGUAAUAUACCAAAUAUUGCAGUUCAUGUAAAAAAUCUUUUUUCAGAAUAUAUAUUUUUAUAUUACAGUACAGACUUUACAACAAAUGAUUGUGUUUAAAUGCGUCUUUUAUUGCAUUAGAUACUCAAUUUACCUUUCGUUAAGCUCCAGCUUCAAUAAGUUUAUGCUAGUAUACAUUUCCAAAAGUGUUAGAUUCAUCAUUAAUAAUAAUAUUAUUUUUUAUUUUUACAAAACAAACAUCUUUAAAAAAUAUUACUGAUUGUUUUUUUUUUUGCCAGUCUUGAACAGACACUGAACAGAAACAUACAUGUUGUUUGAGGGUUUUUAAUAAACUGAUUUCUCCAAAUGCCACCUAUUGUUUACACUUAAUCAAGUUGCAGAACAGUCUGGCUUUUGACAAAGUUCUGCUGCGUAUGUGUGUGUAUUUGUAUGUGUGUGUACAUGCAUUUUCUUGUUGGUGAGGGAAUAUGACGAUCGAGACGGUUUCAGUGUGUGUGUGUAUGUGUGUGUGAGUGUGUGUGUGUGUGUGGUUGUGUUAUACUUGGCAUGGAAGUCUGAACAACAGGAAGGAAAAAGGUGCAGUAGAGCAGUGUAUAUGUGCUUGAUCAACAUAAUCCAACUCAUAAUUUACGUGCUUGUGGAGGUUUAUGAAACAUACAAUUCCAAACAAAGUUUAAUUGAUCUAUAGUAUUUGUCAGCAGCAUGAUUGACAGUUGUAUGCCGUUGUAAUUGAUUGACUGUUUGAAGAGUGAAAAAAUAGUAUAUGUGUCUGCGUGUGUGGUCUUGUGUGUCAAUAUGUACAAAGAUG